AUUCGUGUCGAAUUGCAGUGAGAAAAGGGAGCUGCAGUCAGUGUGUGUAAUUUUGCCUAAUUAACUUGUCAUGUUUUAGGCAAUGAACUGGGGCGAAUUUAGGGGUAAAUAUAACGCAUAGAAACAUUGAUGGAUAACUGUCUCUAGGACGGACUUUCAACGUUUCCUUUUCACACAUCAAGUUGGGUGUCGCUGCAAGUCGCGCGGUAUUUCCUGUCUGAUUCAUACAGUUUCCGUUGGUGAAAUCCAGCAGUGGGUCUAGAUUAUUAUUGAGGCUGGACGCAGCCAAAACUGCUUUGAUCGCGGAGGGAAAGAAGCCAUAAUUGUUAGGCAACCUCGAGCGGAUAACGCUGGUCGGCUUCGCACGAAGUUUAUGAUCUGUGAUACGCUGUAUUUUGUAUGAGCUAAAAUAAACAGGACUGAAUGCAAGGACAGAGAAAACGUUGUGGUAUUGGCGCUUUAUGUUGACUUUUCCUGGUGAUCAUCCUUUAUACCGGCAAAAACAAAGAGAAUCGAGCUGUCACUCACACGUAAUUGAGUUAACAAUAGGCUUUAUGCCUUCUGUUUAGAGAAACUUUUCUGUAGGGACUCAUCAACACAACGGCUGAGUCGAAAAUCCUGUGAAGCUUAUUAGAGUCUAUUAACUGGCAUGAAUCGACAUGGCUAGUACGAAAAUCGUAUUACUACUGUUAUUGUUCAUCACAAAAAGAACAUUUGCUGGUAUGUAUUACCUUUAACUCGCUAUUAUAUUGUAAUUUAAGUUGCAAGGAAGGACAAUUAUUGAAGAGGCAUCCCUCAUGCCUGUACUUCAUGUAUAAGGCGCGAUUUACUAUAUUAUUAUUUACUGAAUAUCCCAUAAACAUUGUCAGAAGCCAUUCAUUUGUCUUAUGUUCUACAAAUUCAACUCGGGCUACGUCCCAACACACGGGUACAUUUAUCAACAAGAUGGAAAUUCAAGGUGAUUUUGAGGCCGUAGAAUCAGUUCUCCCUGGAGAGAGCUGACCUCGAACCAAAACAGUCUUUUUCUCACAUUUUUAUGUGAUCUUCCGGAAUCAUGUGCGAGCGAUCGUUAAUAACACAACUGUCUAGAAAGAAACAAUUAUCAUAGAAUCAGCGGUAUCACAAUCAGAGACAGGCCUUGGCACUGUUCCAUUUCUCCCGCUUAAAUCGCUGCCUCGAAAUGCUUCCCACUCUCUUCCCUUCGUUAGGUAACUUAUUUUUUAAAACACGAACAUGUAAGUGUGCUAUUUCAUACGGUUUUUCAUCGAAGGGAAAGGAGAAAUCUGAUGCUAGUAUUUCAUGUUAUUUCUCAAACACAGACAGAAAGCUUUUCAGAUUUGAGAGGGUCAUGAGACAUUUCGACGUGUUGAAAGGCUUGCGCUGGGUGAAUAACAAAGUGCAGAAAAAACCAAUUUUACUGCUUUUUAGGUUUAAAAGUCCAUCAAUAGUUUUAGAUUUAUUUCCAGAUUGCGUAGAUUUAUAAAGCUAUAUUUAUCAUCGAGCAAAAUAAGAUGUUUCAUGUUGUCAAAAUAUGAACGUAUCUUAUAUGUCCUGUUUUGUAUCUAAAUAUUUUUAUAUUUUGGCCUUUGUGGCACGCGACCAGUUUAGUUUUGCAUUACCAAAGAGAUAGCAAAUAGUAUUUAAGAUAAAGGUUAAAUAAGCAGGGUAAUAUAACAAAGUAUUAAAGUGAGUUUCUUCGAAGAAGGAACUACAUAAGUUGCGAAAGCAUUUAAUAAAGGAGCUGAACAAAUGGAAUAGAAAAUCAAACAGGGCUAAAAAGUAAUUUCUAACAGCACCCCGAGAUUCCUUAAAAAGAAUAUCCUUAUAUAAUAUAAAAACUAGACUACAAUCGUCCAAGAAGAUCAUUGAGAAAAUUGUUCUUUAGGCCGGAGCCAAAACCUCGUGGGUUGCACCUGUUUUUAUUAGUACAGUAUUUAGUUAGUGCGUAAUAUCUUAAGAAUCUUUAUGCCGCAUUGGCCAUGACUCACUUAGCACUUGAAUAUUCUUUCCAAUUAAAGCUUUUGAUUUCGUUUUAAAGCAAUGACGUCAUUUAUAUUAGAAAAUUUUAUCAUGGCCUAAGGCAGCAGUCAAGUUGUUUUCAUAACUCAACAACCUUUUAUUCUUCAAGAGUAUUCAAAUUAUUAGGAUAGGCAAAUAAACCAGUACUUGAUGACUACACUUCAUGUUGAUUCGACGGUAUUUAAUAAUGUCUGUAUUUGCCCCUUGCUUCCGCUGUGGAUCACUUUCUGUUUACUCAAUGAGAUAAAGUUGGCUGCUUCAUGUGGUCAUACUGACAUUGAAUCUUCCUGAACUCGGAUGAAGAGACAAUACACAGAUAUCACUAGAAUUUUCGAUGCAUUUGGCGGUGUUUUUUUCUAAACCAGAAGAUCUUACUGAAAACGUGACAAUUUUAUGCGCUGCGCCACUCUCUGUUGGGGAUGUGAUGAAGGACUUGGAUUAGAUGCAGACAACAAGAAAAUACCUGAUUCAAGUAUCACUGCCUCUUCAGAGAAGCCACUUCACCUUGCAAAAUACGGUCGUUUGAAUGAACAAUAUGACCAAUCAAAACGAAAUUUUGGCGCAUGGUGCGCGUACGAAUGUUCGGCUGGGAAAAUCGAGUAUCUCCAAGUGGAUUUAGGCAAAGCAACGACCUUGACAGCGGUGGAGACGCAGGGUGGUUACAGCAUAAAUCAAUUCGUGGAGUCAUACAGUCUUAGUUACAGUUAUGACAACAUUGAAUGGCACGACUAUAAAGUCAAUGGGAAGGGCAAGACCUUCAAAGGAAACAUAGACAGAUAUGACGCAGUGAAAAACCAAGUUGACCCACCACUGACAGCGAGGUAUAUCAGGAUUGUGCCCCUCACAUUCUUUGGCACAUGUCCUUGUUUGAGGGCAGAACUUUAUGGAUGCGAGCCCAAAGAAGACUGCCGUUUCCCGAUUGGUGUUGACGCGAACAUUCGAAAGAUACCGGAUAGCAGUAUGACUGCAUCGUCAGAAUUCAACAGGCAUUUUGCUUACGAGGGAAGACUACACAACAUACAUAAGAUAUCACCCACUGGAGAGAGAAGCUGGGGUGCAUGGUGCCCCAAGAAAACAGACCUGUCUCCUUAUUUGCAGAUUGACUUAGGUCGUGUACGAGUUGUUUCUGGUGUUGCAACCCAGGGCUACAAUUUUAAUCUUUGGGCAACGCUUUAUCGCUUAAACUACAGUAUUGAUGGAACUUUGUGGAAACAAUAUGCAGAUCAUGGAAGUGUUAAGCUAUUUAGUGGAAAUUCAGACAACAAAACGAUCCGAACACACAUGCUGGAUGUGAGUGUGGAGACUAUUGCAAGAUUUAUUCGAUUUAUACCCGUGAGCUGGAACAACUACCCAAGUGACAUGGCGUGCAUGAGGGUCGAAGUUUAUCAAUGUGCGCCAAUCAGAGGAUCCGUCCCGACCAUAAAGAAAGGGAUCGAAAACAAAAUAGUGAAGCGAGGAACAACCUUCAACCUCACUUGCGUAUUGACUGGCCAGCCUGGAAUAAAGGUAACUUGGCAGAAAAACGGAAACCCGCUCUCGACUACUGAUAUGAUGAGCAUCAGCAAUACGGACAAGGAAGGCAUGUAUGUGACGUCACUGGUCUUCAAGAAGAUAAACAUGGGAGAAAAUGGUAACACCUUCUCCUGUGCUGCAAAUUAUCCAAGUGUCACAGUUAGAGCCGUGUCCACUGCCCAAAUCACAGUCGAUGGCUCGAUACCAACUUUGAAAAUCAACAAAGUAGAGGCAUACAGCGUAGAAAUACUUCUUGGUGUUACAGGGACAGUUAUGUCAGAUAUUCUUGCCUAUGAGGUGACUCUCACUAAUUUUGCUACCUCAGAGAAACUAUCUGGAAGAUUCGCCUUCAACACAACCGUCGGAGCAAAAACUAUUAAGUUGCUGAAGCCAUUUACCAAAUACAGUAUUAAUGUUAACUUUCUUUAUUCUGACAACACGAAAGGCUCCAGUAUUCCAAGUCAGCAAUUCAGGACACGAGAGUGCACUCCAGAAAGAACUCCAUCAGGCCUGUCAGUGAAAAGAAUUGUCAAGAAUAAGAUCGAAAUCGAGUGGAAAAGACCUGAGAAUGACAUUUGUACUGUGACUCUCACUGCUUACGAUGUUUCUGUUGUGAUUCGCGACAGGGAACGCCGCCUAGUUUCCAAAACUUUUAAUACGACCAAAAAUUCGAACUUCACCAUUGUGAAUAUGGUUCCAAAGUUUGAAUACAAUGUCACCGUACGAGCUAGAACAUCGGCUGGUCCUGGUCCGUUCACAACACCGUAUAUCAUCACGUUCUCCCCUGCUGAAACAAAGACUGCAACAGCUGCAACAACAAAGCUGACAACGCAGCGAAGAACAACAGCUAGGCCCUCAACAUCAGCCCCCACUACGACUCGAAAGCCGACUGUACAAAUAUCUCAGGAGUUACGAAAACUGAAACAGGCAGGCGUUGACGAGAAUAAUGUGCUCAAUGUCACAGAAACCGUGCAAAAGCUGACGAACAACUCGAAAUUGUUGAGCACAAAAGAUAUUGCGGUGACAGCUGAUAUUCUGGAGGAAGUAGUUCUCAUAAAUGGAACGAGCAGAGAGGUUGGUGAGUCCCUCGUGAAGUCGGUAAGCAAUAUUUUGAAUGCAAAUGCAUCCGUGCUGGAAAAAAGUUACAAGGAAAACAAUACUGGAAUAAGGUACGUCAAGAUUCUCGAGAGCUGGCUUGAAAAGGUGGAUGUCACGGAUGAAGAUGUGACUGAAAAAAGUGAAAACAUUAUUGUGAAGAAAAUCAAGCUUGUACGAGGGGAGAUACAGAAAAACAUUGUCUUUGAAGAGAAAGGAGAAGCAUCGGUUGUGAUUCCUGUUGAAGCAGUGACAGGGGGAAAUGGCACAAACGGCAGCAAUGAUAGUAUUUACUUUGUUUACUACAGAAGAAACAGAUUCUUCACGAGAAAAACCAAAGUAUCAGUAAGCUGUGUUAAUGGGUUCACUACAGAAGAAAGAAAAGUUUAUACUCCAGUAUUAGCUUCAAGUAUCGUGGGCAAGGAGGUCACAAACUUAAGCAAACCUGUUACUUUGCGUUUCAAAGCAAAGCCACAACAAGAGCAAAUCGAAAAGACUGCCUGCGUUUACUGGGAUUUCAAUGCUAAAGGCGGUCUUGGUGAUUGGUCGACCAAAGGAUGCAGGCUACAUGAAGUAGUAAAUCAAACAAUUGUGUGCCAGUGUGAUCAUAUGACCAACUUUGCUGCAAUGAUGGACGUCUACGCUCAUACGAGCAAAGCUUGUGGUUCACAUGGUCGAGCAUUAUCGUUCAUCAGCGUUGUUGGCUGCUUCUUAUCGCUCAUAGGAUUGUUUCUAACAAUGGUGACCUAUAUCAUAUUCAGGAGACUGCGUCGUGAAAUAGCAGCGCGCAUCAUGUUACAACUUUGCUUUGCUCUGUUUGUUGUUGUCGUUCUCUUUCUGACUGGCCUCGAAAGAACAAAAGAGCCCAACACGUGCCUUGCUAUCGGAAUUGCCUUGCAUUACUUUACCCUUGUGGCAUUUAUGUGGAUGUUCAUGGAAGCGGCUUUCAUGUAUCACGCUUUUGUUGUUGUUUGGCCACCAAGAGAAGACAACGAUGUUCUAAAAUGCACUUUCAUUGCAUGGGGUUUACCCGGCAUUGUUGUCGCAGCGACGGCUGCCACGGAUCUUAGCCAUUAUCAAGGAAAGCACUACUGUCGUGUCAAUGGUCUUCCGUUCUACAUUGGCUUUCUUGGACCCAUCUGCCUCAUUCUCAUGUCCAACCUCGUUAUCUUCGGCAUCAUCAUGUACAAGCUGAGUACUCGGCCAACGCGGAGCAUGGACCCGAAAGAGACAAGCGAAGCAAUGCAAAGAUUGAAGAGGGCUUUUGGUAUUAUGAUCCUUAUGGGCCUUACAUGGAUAUUUGGCGCUAUAGCUGUGGAAGACUUCCGCCUGGUAUUUCAAUACACAUUUGCUAUCUGUAAUUCACUGCAGGGAUUUGCUAUCUUCGUCUUUUAUUGUCUGUCUCAAAAGAACGUCAGAGACGCAUGGCUAGCAUUCUUCAGAUGUGACACGAGAAGUGACUUAAAAAUGCGGACUGAUUCUUACUAUGAAAGAAGAAGGUUGUCAUCUUCAGUCAGCCAGAAGAGCUCGAUUAUACCAAGAACGAGAACGAAUUCCUCCACAGUGAUGAUGCGACAUGAUUCAGCAAAGAACAGACUACUUGAGGUCCAGGCCUUGGUAGAUGAACAAGCUAAAAUGCAGACCAUCCGAGAAGUGGACAUAGAAGAUCGGUUUAUCGAUAAUCUGACAUCGAAUAUUUACGUCAGCGAUCCAGAGAGAGCAAACGCAAGCACGGAGCCGCACAUUUCUGUUAGCAGUGCAGAGGAAGACGGAACCAGAGCUGGUUCUCAAGUUGCUCUUCAGCCGUACCGAUCGUACAGAGCACUUAGUGAAAUCAAAGAGCUUAAUGACCUGCUGUCUCUCGUCGACAAACGAAAAUCUUCGUCGAAGUCAAACGAAAUGCUAAUUCGCAAGUCGCUGUUUAUCGGUGGCUCGUCGCCAAUGCUGCAAGCAAAAGACAAAAUGAGGGCAGUACGAUCGUGCGAAAAUGUAAACAAUGAUCGGGGAAGCAUUGAGUUGACCGAGUUUGCAACAAUGAGAGCAAGGCAGCCACGGGUUCUCACGCAAGCGGCAGCAACUCGUAAGAAGGCGGUGGGCGCUGAACCUUUACAAACAGUUAACAUGGUAUCAAGCGCAAGUGACUGUUCAAAAUCUGCUGAGAUUUGUGGUUCAGCAAAUUGUCUGGAGGCAACACCACAUGGCUCCACGUACAAAAUGGCAGACGAAGAAACUCCAAUCAAUACUUUAGAAUCAAGCAACCGCACAGCAAGACUUUACGAUAACUCCGCUUGCAACACUCUCGAAAGCAACAAAGAAUCAAUGGUUUCAGACAACAGUACACUCAAAGGAGCCAUGGGGAAAGAUUUCCAGGAAAAUGACACUGGUCUUCGCAAUCAGAAUCUGCAUGAGGAAGCUCUUUCAGCUGGUAUUCUUCACGAGGAUGUUGUGAAAUGGCUUCAGGUUAAUGGCGAGGAAGAUGCUGCAAGUGACACAAGUGAUGAAUACCGUUCAUCAAUGUGCUCGAGUCUAAACGAUUUGCAAAGUCACAGUCUGCCAAGCUGUAGAUCAAGUUUAUCAAGUGCGACUGGUUCUACAGCCGAUAAUAAUAAACAAACAGCGAGGAACUCGCUUUUAGGAAGAUUAAUUGUUGGACCGCUGCGCGGCUCCUCCACUAGGAUAGAAACACAACGAGAAACACCAAGCAGUGAAAUUGAUACUUCAUUUACCAACGAAGUCACUACGCGGGACUAUGAUGAAAAUCAAGCGUCGAAAAGUGAAGAUUUGUGUAUUCCCCAGAGAUCGAUGGAGCUGGCAGAUGAUGAAGGUUACUCGGCUUCUGAGGAGGAGGGAAGCACAUCGGAGCGAGAUUUGAUGGAAAGAAGCAGGAAAAGGACUAAGUCCAGGAAUGGAUCCGUUGGUAAUCAAAAUGGAUUUAUUAGAAGCGCUUACGUUUGAAAUGAAUAAGUAAAAUAAGUAGUGUUGAAUUGUUUAUUAGAUAGUAGCGAUAUUUUUGAAAGAUGCCUUAAACUCGGAUAAAAGUUUUAGGUAUUACAGUACAGGAAAUGUAGCUGUUCACGGCUAAUAGAUAUAUUUGAUAUACGUACCUGCGGACAGUCUACUGUGCACACAUAUAACAGUUUCAUCAGUUCUUUGAUGACAAAUUCUAGGCCUAGUGUCUUAAUGACGUAAGAUUGUGGCUAACAUUAAUUUCACAUUAAACCCAGAGCAAGAAUACAGUUCCCAGAACGCUAUUUCAGGCAAUUUACAGAUAUUGCCAACCCCCCCCCACCCCCCCUCCCCAUCAGUUUUUCUUUCAUAAGUGUCUCUAGACUGAUAUCUGCCGAAGCACCUCUUCUUGAAAAGGGUAAAACUUAGGCUGCUUUUUACUUAGGAAACUUGAAAUUGUCUCUUUAUUCCCCAUAGUGUCAACAUUCCACUUUGCCAACGUAUGGGCUUAGUAUCUUAAUUUUGAGCAAUUGUCCCUAAAAUAGAAAGAGCAAGUGUCCAUAAAAAUGCGAUCGUCAGAGAGCUAAAACAGAAUUUUACUAUGACGGCAAUGACCAAAAGCAAAAAAAGGCCUACAGAAAGCACAAGAGCACUAGCAUUUGCACCUUUUUGACGAAAGACCUGUACACCUGCACAAAAUCUUUUGACGAUGCUCGAUAUUAUCACUCUAAUAUAUGAUCUUAGCGUUUUAGCUCGACUAUUUAGAGUUUGGUGCUCCGAACCGGCACAGAGAGUAAAUUUCCAAUUACUGAUGUAUUUGAGCUGCCCUUUCUUUAAAGGAAGAAUGCUGUAACCAUCGCUGAAAACAAACAUAUAUUUAAUAGGAUUGCAUAGAUUUUAUUGUUUUCUUGUAAAUUUUUGUCCGUUAGUUCAUCCAUUCAUUUUCAGAAAGGCUGUUAUUUAUUAGUGUUUAAUCGAGAGAAGCAGAAAAAGUUGCUGAUCCAAGAAAGACUCUUCCUCGAACAUGGGAAUAUGUCAUACCUUGUCUCACCCUCUCUGUUUAAUGUAUGAAUAUAAAGCCUUUCUGUUGUUAUUUUUUAUGUUGUUUUACCCAGUGUUGAUAUUGUAUUUGUGGAACAUAAGUAGAUUUUUUCAUAAGUUACCAUCACUUUUAAGAUGAAUAACAUCCAUACAAUAGGCCUAGACGUUCAAAUCGCAAGACUAAUUGUUUACCCUGCAUGAAAAGUAUGAUUUUAAUCGCUUGUAGAAUAAUUGUGAUGAGAAAUUUAGAAUUAUUUGAAAUUAUUUCACUUCUGACAAAUAUUGUUGCAGAAAUAAUAAAGUAGUUUGUGUUACGUUUUACUUGUCCUUAAACAUCAAGUUGUACAAAUUUCGAUCAAAAUCGAUUUUACUGUGUUCAGUUUUGAGAAGAAACAUCAUUCCUUGCAUUGUUUAUAUUUACGUUUUAACCUCUUUUUUGUAAACACGAGCCUGGAACUGUUCGUUGUCGCAAGACUUGCGAAAAAAACUGAUGAUAUACUGAAGACAGUUUUAAUCUCCCUUUCGGCCAAAUAUCUUUCCGCCCAGGAGUAACAAGGAAAACCCUUUUCAAUACAAUGAAACUUUUUUUGAAAACUGCACCAGUUUUGUUUAACAGUGUCGCUAAUUACAAAAUAGAGCGUAUGAAAAUUACUGUUUACCCGUCAUUCGCCGGGUAAUGCUAAAUUUUUUAUAAAAAUCAGUA